UAUGAAGCCGCUACGUAGCUGAGUGAGAUGUUUGGAGAGCGGACGAUUCGAUCCASGGAGAAAAUGCCAUCAUUUGAACCGUUAAUUUGGGAGACGCCCAGUUAAAAUGUUUGAUAUUCGACCGGAGAAACAUCAUCAAACUGAGUUUAACGUCGUUCUCGCAAUUCUUAGUAGGUUGUAGCGUGCUGUGUCAGGGCCAUGGCAUUGAAGGACAAGCUGGAAGCGGUGCUGAACGUGGGGAUGCGUGUCCCCAGCAUCAUGCUGCUGGAGGUACUCUACCGCUGGGAUGUCAGCUCCUUCUUCCAGAAGAUCCAGAGAAGCAGUCUCAACAACAACCCCCUCUUCCAGUACAAGUACCUGGCUCUCUACCUGCACUAUGUAGGUUACAUCCUCAGCCUGGUGCUCCUGACUCUGCCUCGUCAACACCUGGUGAAGCUCUACCUGUACGUGCUCACUGCCCUGCUGCUCUUCGCUGGACACCAGGUGUCCAGGGAUUAUGUCCGCAGUGAGCUGGACUCUGGGUACGAGGGACCGCUCUACCUGGAGCCACUAUCCAUGAACCGCUUCAACACCGCCCUCCUAGCUCAGCUGGUGGUGUGCACCCUGUGCUCCUGCGUCAUGCAGACCAAGAGGAUCUGGCUGUUCUCUGCUCACCUGCUCCCCCUGGUGGCCCGUCUCUGUCUGGUCCCCCUGGAGACCAUCGUGUUCAUCAACCGCUUCGCCAUGAUCUUCACGGGCCUGGAGGUCAUCUACUUCCUGGCCUCCAACCUGCUGGUGCCCUACAACCUGGCCAAGACCGCCUACAGGGAGCUGGUGCAGGUGGUGGAGGUGUACGGGCUGCUGGCUCUGGGGAUGUCCCUGUGGAACCAGCUGGUUCUGCCCGUCCUCUUCAUGUGCUUCUGGUUGGUUCUGUUCGCCCUGCAGAUCUACAGCUARUUCACUAGCCGGGACCAGCCCACCUCCAGAGAGAGGCUGCUCUUCCUGUUCCUCACCAGUAUUGCAGAGUGCUGCAGCACCCCCUACUCCCUGCUGGGCCUGGUCUUCACUGUUUCCUUCGUGGCGUUGGGCGUCCUCACACUCUGCAAGUUCUACCUGCAGGGCUACCGGGCCUUCAUGAAUGACAACACCAUGCACCGGGGGAUGACAGAGGGCAUCACGUUACUGAUCCUYGCUGUACAGACGGGUCUGAUCGAACUGCAGGUCAUCCACCGAGCCUUCCUACUGAGUAUCAUCCUCUUCAUCGUGGUGGCCUCCAUCCUACAGUCCAUGCUGGAGAUAGCUGACCCCAUUGUACUGGCUCUGGGGGCCUCCCGGGACAAGAGCCUGUGGAAGCACUUCCGGGCCGUGAGCCUGUGCUUGUUCCUGCUGGUCUUCCCAACCUAUAUGGCCUACAUGAUCUGCCAGUUCUUCCUCAUGGACUUCUGGCUCCUCAUCAUCAUCUCCUCCAGCAUCCUCACCUCACUGCAGGUGCUGGGCACCCUGCUCAUCUACAUCCUGUUCAUGGUGGAGGAGGUCCGUAAGGAGCCCGUACAGAACAUGGACGACGUCAUCUACUACGUGAACGGGACCUACCGGCUGCUGGAGUUCCUGGUGGCGCUCGUGGUGGUGGCCUACGGCGUGUCUGAGACGGUGUUCGGGGAGUGGACGGUGAUGGGCUCCACCAUCAUCUUCAURCACUCUUACUACAACGUCUGGCUGCGUGCCCAGCUGGGCUGGCAGAGCUUCCUGCUGCGCAGAGACGCCGUCAACAAGAUCAAGAGCCUGCCCACCGCCUCUGACCUGCAGCUGAAGAAGUACAACGACAUCUGCGCCAUCUGCUAUCAGGACAUGAAGUUUGCUGUCAUCACCCCUUGCAGCCACUUCUUCCACGCUGGCUGUCUCAAGAAGUGGCUUUAUGUACAGGAGACCUGCCCCCUCUGUCACAAACAGCUGAAGAGCCAAUCACCGCCUGCCAAUGCCACCGCUGCACCCGCCCAGGACAUUCUACCAGCCAAUCCCAACCCAGCAGAGGCUGGGCAAGGAGAGCCAGUGGCUGUUGCGGCUGAGGGGGACAAAACCGUUACUCAGCACGGUGUUCCUGUUGAAGGGAGCCAAGCCAGCCCCUCUUCCACCUCUGCUAACCCUAACCUAGAGCUUGAGGGCAAGGCAGAGGAGAGUGCCCCGGGCCCCCAGCAGGCUGAACCAGAGGACAGUGUGUAUUUGGAGGGCCAGGUGGCUGGUCUGUCACAGGGCUCGGGGGAGUCAUGUCUCCGGCAUCGCCAGCCCCAGCAGUCUGCCUCUUCACCUGCAGCAACAUCAUCCACAGCAUGUGGAGCUGAACUGUAGUCAGAACGGUCUGCCGGCCCCAGCAGUCUGCCUCUUCACCUGCAGCAACAUCAUCCACAGCAUGUGGAGCUGAACUGUAGUCAGAACGGUCUGCCGGCCCCAGCAGUCUGCCUCUUCACCUGCAGCAACAUCAUCCACAGCAUGUGGAGCUGAACUGUAGUCAGAACGGUCUGCCGGCCCCUGCUGUCUCUGAACCGCACUCCUGCACACCACCACCUCACACACAGCUAAAGACUAAGUGGCCAAUACGUAUAACCAAGAUGGAGGUUGCUGGUUAACUGUUGGACUGACUUCUUAUUGCCACUAUCCAACACCUCCCCCUUAAUGAACUCAUCUAUUUCUUGGCCUGUUUCUUAAAUAUUUGUUUUAAACUCAUUAACAUUUCAUGGUUAUUAAUCCUAUAGGAUUGUAUGAAAUCUGAUGCAGACUUUAGUGAUGUUUGAUUCUGAGAUGCCAUACUGAACAUCAUUACAUUUCACUGUUGAGAAAUAUGCAUUGACUUCUCACACUUGACGACAAAAUCUGUAAGUAGCCUUGUGCUAGCCAGAACGACUCAUAGCAGCAGAUCUCUGUUUCUGUAGCAUGAGGCGGGUUGAUGUACAAGUACAGCCCCUGGCCCCCUGGACYGGACACUAGUCCAGGGAUCGGCCACCCUGGUUCUGGAGAGGCACAGGCGCUUCAUGUUUUUGGUUUAACCGACCUGGAAGACCAGGUGUGUUGAAUUUGGUCAAUCACUGAAGUGAUCAAUUAUAUCAGUUGGUCAGGUGUGGUGCCUAGUUAGAACAACAUCCUGCAGUACCUGCACACUCCAGGAACAGGGUUGCCGACCCCUCCACUAGUCUAUCGAAGGGCCUUACCCCAAAUCUCGCUCUAACACAGAGUCCCAAGUAGAUGCAAAUCGGGUCCCAUUUCUUCAGUCUUUGGUAGGACUGGGCCGGGAUUGAACUCCCAACCUUCUAAUUUCGGGGUGGAAACUCUAAACACAAGGCCACUGAGUUUAACAACAAAAUGCAGCUUUGAACUUGAGUUGCAUUCUACUGUACAGCCACUAAGCAGAAGACGACUCAGCCACAGCAUUUUGUACUUUCAUUAACGCUCAUUCAACAUCCAAUAUAUUACAAUUGGGCUGUAUUUCACUGGUCUUGAAUCAAGUGUUAAUUAUAUCAAGGAAUUUGACCCUCUGCAGGUCACUAACGUUAGCGGUUUUCCUCCCUCCUCCCCUCCUUGGCCUGCCCUGGUUGGGCCGUGGGCCUGCCCUGGUUGGGCCGUGGGCCUGCCCUGGUUGGGCCGUGGGCCUGCCCUGGUUGGGCUGAUAAUCUGUUACACAACCUGAAUGUUACCAAGUCCAGGGGCAGGGCAGGCUGGUGUGUAGGUGGAAGACACCAAUGUUCCCCGGGUGUGUUUUAGAUUAAAUUAAUUCAUACUGAAGAGAACAUACCCAUAUGGCACUUGAUGUAGAAGCUUUAUGCACGCUUAGGCUUGCACGCAGUCACCGUCCGAUAGCCAUAGGAACUUUAUUUUCAUAUGUAAUGUAGCCAUUUGCACUGUCAUUUAUAGCGACGCUCCAAAGUUGUCUUUGUCAGGUACCAAAUAUUUUUGGUAUGUAUGAGGAAAAAGCCCUAUAUAUAAAUGUGUGUAUAUAAACAUUUAUAUUGUAUGUGAAGAGGACUUUUGAUAUGCCUGCCGUUCAGUGUUAAAGCUGCACCCCCCCCAGUAUGAAGUGGUCAGAGGCUUGUGUGAACACUUUAGUAACCCUCUCGGUAGAAGUGUGAAGAGAGCUGAUCACAGAUUGAGGGAGUUGCCAGCGCUAAAUUGACCUAAAACAGUAUUUGUUACAAUUUUGAGAAUGAAUACAUAGUAUUAUGUAUGAUCAAACUUGUCAAACGUUCCAUCAAUUGGUGGCUUUUGGACAUUUUCUUGAAUCUAUAUUGGGAGAAGCGGCUAAGAGUGUAUAGUAUUUUACAUACAUCAUGACAUUGACAUUUUGAAGAGGACUUUUAGCAUUUGAAAUGCAUUCCAAUUUGGAAUGUAAUGUUUCUUUUGAGAAGCCCUACAAAUUCAUUAUUUUUCUUUUUUUUAAUACAAAAGAAUGACAUGCUCUGUGAAUGCUGAUUUCCAGUCAAAUUGUUUGGUAAGAGAUUUGCCUGGUGUUUCCAUUUUCAUUUUACAAAACUGCUGAAUGUCAAAUUCAACAAUCUAAUGUUUACCUGCACUCUGAACAGUCUUUUGGUGUUGGUGAUUUGAGUGUUUAUAGCUGGUGAUGGAUUGGCCACAGCUUCCAACAUCACCAUGCAAGCUCGAUCCUGGAACCCGCAGGCCAUCAUUGUGAAUAAGAAUUUGUUCUUAAUUAACUUGCCUUGUUAAAUAAAUCAAACCCACAAGGGUCACGAGU